GUAAUCCACAACUCCAUUCCUCCCAACCACCAUCCCAACAUCAACUUUUCCCUCCACAUACAUUCUCCACAUUACACAUACGAUCAAUCACUCGCCCUUUCGGAUUCCCACGUACGACCUCGACCAGAAAGGCAAUAACGGUCUGUACCAUGGUUACUGCCACAGAAACACCGGGAGCUCCGGUCGCAGUCGCAAACGGAGUUGCUAAACCCAAGCAGAAGCUUAGCAAGAACCAGCUGCGACGAGCGAAGAAGAAGCAGCAGAAGGCUGGAGGAUCGUCGCGAGAGAGCAGUGUGGUAUCGGCCAGCGAGUCGGAGAGCGAGUCGGAACCCGAAAAGCAACAGUCAAGACAACCUCUCAUCACGCCCGAUGAGAUCCCCGAUUUUGAGCUCGACGACCUCGGCAUCGACGAGAAUGAUCCCACCUUCAGCGAGUACAGGAAGAUCCUGGACCGGUUCCGGCCGCAGGACCACGCAGCGAUUGAGGAGGAAAAGGGUGAGGUGAUGGGACAAGAAGACUUCAUCCCCGACGAAGACGAAGAGAAGGAGGAGCCCAAACUCAGUAAGAAGGCGCGGAAGGCGCGCAACAAGCUUAGCGUUGCCGAACUCAAGGCGCUAGUGAAGCGUCCCGAGACCGUGGAGUGGACAGAUACAUCGGCGAAUGAUCCCCGGUUAUUGGUGCACCUCAAGUCCUACCGGAACUGCGUUCCUGUGCCUACCCACUGGUCGCUGAAGCGCGAAUACCUCUCGUCGAAGCGUGGUAUCGAGAAGCCGCCGUUCGAGCUUCCCAAGUUCAUCAAGGACACCGGAAUCAUGGAGAUGCGCGACUCCGUGCGGGAGAAGGAGGAGAGCCAGUCGAUGAAGUCGAAAAUGCGGGAGAGAGUGCAGCCAAAGAUGGGGAAACUUGACAUUGAUUACCAGAAGCUGCACGACGCCUUUUUCCGAUUCCAGACAAAGCCGACGUUGACGAUGUAUGGAGAGGUCUACUACGAAGGAAAGGAGUUCGAAACGAAUCUGAAGGGCCGUCGUCCCGGCGAGUUGUCAGAAGAGUUGAAGGAGGCGUUAAACAUGCCCCCCGGCGCUCCGCCACCAUGGUUGAUCAACAUGCAGCGUUUCGGACCACCACCGUCAUACCCAUCACUCAAGAUCCCUGGUCUCAACGCCCCCAUUCCGCCGGGAGCCCAGUGGGGAUUCCAUCCCGGUGGAUACGGAAAGCCGCCUACAGACGAGUACAACCGUCCGUUGUAUGGUGACGUCUUCGGUGUCCUCCAGCCGCAGGCCCCUACGCAAACCGGCGAACCAGUGGAGAAGACGCUAUGGGGCGAGCUACAAGAGGAAGAGGAGGAGAGCGAAGAGGAAGAGGACGAGGAUGAGGAGGACGAGGAGGAGGAAGCCGAGGAGGAGAGCGUCGCACACGGUAUCCAGACCCCCAGUGGCACAGAGACGCCUAGCGGGAUGGUCUCCAGCGUACCCAGCGAGUUCGAGCCAGUGGACCAGUUCGAGCUGCGGAAACGCAGGGAUGGAACCGAGACCGAGGAAGAUGCCGAGAGGCGAAGCCUGUACCAAGUCUUACCCGAGCACUCGAUCAAAACGAAGGGCUUCUUUGGUGGCGAGCGCGCUUACGACAUCAAGAACGCGAAUGCCAACCUGCCUGUUCUUGGCCAGGAAGACCGAAAGAGGAAGAAGCCAGGUGACGUGGAUGUUGCACUAGACCCCAGCCAGCUUGAGGAGGACGGCCUGACCUCGGAGACGGUGAAGCGACGGUACGAGCAGGCGCAGGAGGAGCAGCGGAGGGAGCGCCAGGGAUUCCAGUUCCAGGAGGACCUGAGCGACAUGAUUGCGCAAGAGUCGCGGAAGCGGCAGAAGCGCGAGGAGGAAAAUGCAAAGCGGAAGAAGGAGAAGUACCGCUUCUAAAGUAAGGCAAAACCAAAUUCGGAUUGGGGGUGGGGUGGGGUGGCAUGGAUGCGGUUAGGGUAGGGAUGGGUAGGUGGUGUAAUUGUAGUGUAGUGAAUGAUGAUGG